ACUGGAAGCGGACGGUGAAUUAAAGGACUGAACCCGCCUCCAGCAGCACCGCCACAGGACUCUGAUUCAGAGAGAAGACUGGACGUGGCGAGAAUGUUUAUAUUGUGGGGAAACUAUCGCAUCAAGAGCACUAAAAGUUGAGAGUUUGACAGCCGCUAACGAAGAGACUUGAGCAGGACAGACUCAGAUCAGAUCCAGAUGAACACUUCACUGCUGCAUGCACACUAGAGACAAAAUACUGCUUUUACAUUUGUGGAAAUCAUGUUUUUGAACACACCCUCUACGGAAGAAACCCUGGACUUGUGCUCUAAAGUCAUAAAAAACACAGUUUAAUCUGACUGAAGUGUGGGUAUGUGUGUUUUUAAGCAGAUCUUGGAUGGAUUUGCAGCUUGAUCUGUGUUUCGCAUUUUUAUCGGAUCGUCGCUGCUAAAUAAUGUUCUCUGGUAAACAAACGAAGGCGACUUUUAAGUCUUAUCUUCCUCCUCUUCAGACUGAUUUGAAGAAAAGUCCUCAGCUGCCCAUCAAGAAACUAGAAGCGAAACUUCUACCAGGUGAAAUAGUUGUGAACGAGGCAAACUUUGUGAGGAAAUGUAUAGGAGGAGAAAGCUGUCAGGAUGACCUAUGGGGGAAACUUGUCUGUACCAACUUCAAGGUUUCCUUCAUUACACAUAAUUCCUUGCCACGACGGAGUUUCCAGUGCACCCACCGCCUCAUGGGCGACCACGAUAUACCACUGGCUUGUGUGGACCAGGUAGUGACAGUGAAUGAUGCCAAGGGAAAGCAGAAGGUUUUAGGAUCCAAUCAGAAGCUGAAGUUUAACCCCACUGAGCUCAUCUUGUACUGCAAGGACUUCCGCAUCAUCCGCUUCCGCUUUGAUGAGGCUGGACCUGAGAGUGUUAAAAAGGUAUGUCUGGCCAUCGCUCAUUACUCCCAUCCUGCUGACCCACAGCUACUCUUCGGCUUCGAUUACGUUGGAAAACAACACCAUGGAUCAAUAGGUGAGCGGGUGAAUGGUGUUGACCCUGGGGGUGGGUUGCAGACAUCCCUGUUUGACUGUUCUUCUGACUGGGACAGAGAAAUCAAGCGCACCGGUGCCUCAGAAUGGAGGGUGUGUACCGUCAAUCAAGGUUAUUUCAUCUCGCCCAGUCUCCCAGAGUUCUUUGUGGUUCCGGUAUCGCUAGCGGAUCAGGAUCUGAAGCAUUACGCCUGCUACUUUAACUCCCAGCGUAUCCCAUUAUGGUGCUGGAAUCACCCCAGCGGGAGCGCUCUGGUCCGAAUGUCAAACAUCAGUGACCCGCAGCAGCAGAGGAAGGUGGAGCAGAGGAUUUCCAGUGCCAUAACUAAAAGCCACCCGCUGCGCAGUGACGUCUUCAAGUCAGAUCUGGACAAAAACCUCCCAAACAUCCAAGAUAUUCAAGCAGCUCUUCUGAAACUGCGACAGAUCUGUGUUUUAGAGUCCUUUGAGGAGUCUGAAGAGAAGUGGCUGUCAUCUUUGGAAAGCUCAAGAUGGAUGGAGUAUGUCAGGAUAUUUCUGAGGCAUGCAGUAGAGGUAGUCUAUAUGCUAGAGAGCAGGCAUGUCUCUGUCAUACUCUUAGAGAAGGAGGACCGGGACCUGAGUUGUGUGGUUUCCUGUCUGGUGCAGCUCAUGUGUGAUCCUCACUGCAGGAGCCUGCAUGGCUUUCAGGGUCUGAUUCAAAAGGAGUGGGUGAUGGCUGGACAUCCUUUCCUGGACCGCUGCAACCACCUUAAGAAGAAUGACAAAGAAGAGUCUCCUUUGUUCCUGCUGUUUCUGAACUGUGUGUGGCAGCUAUGGAAUCAGUAUCCAGCAGCAUUUGAAUUCACUGAGGUGUACCUGACAGUGCUGGGUGACAGUAUGUGGGUUCCCGUCUUCAGUACCUUCCUCUUUAACUGCCCCCGACAGAGAGCAGAGCACAGCAGGGUUAGAUUUACUUUUUGGGAUUUUGCCAGUAGCAAGAGUAUUCACCUGGGGAAGGACCAGGCUCUCCGCUUUCCUCCUGUGUGGGACUGGUCUCAACAGUUCAGUCUUAAAGACCAGACUCUCUUUAACAAUCCUUUGUAUGUGGGCAAGAUUGCCACCUGCGUACAAAACGGCACAGUAAAGACAUUCACACACAGAUGCAGCAAGAAAAACUACAGUUCCACACUGCGUGGUGUGCCCUGCGUUCUCCGAAACGGAUCAUUGGGACAGCACGACACCCUGACACGGCGGAACUCCCUCGUGCUGCGUCUCCGUUCUGAUUUGUCUCAGGCGCGAGAGCAGCAGGAGACACCCUCAGAACGCUUCGUUCACAACUGGUUCUCUCGUCCUGUCGACCUACAGGGCCUGCUGCUCCCCCAACUCCUACCAUCUCACCUCUCUCUCUGGAAGCUCUACUUCUUGCGCUGGAUCCCUGAGGCACAGAUCAUGCAGGGUGGCCCCAUCACUGCCUUCCACCAGCUCUCUGUGCUUACAGACGAGAUUGAGAUGCUCCAGAACCAGCUGAGGCAGUAUAACAGGGCAGGAGGUACUCCUAACAACCCUCAUGUGGAUCACAGCAAAAUGUACUUUAAGGCAACUUCGACUCCUCACCAGUCCCCUGCUCCUCCAGAGUACCUCAGCUCUUCAUUCCCUUUCUCUCCUGUGGGUAAUAUGUGUCGCCCUGGCAUCCUGGGGACUCCUUUUAGCAAGUUCCUCAAUGGAGCCAAGAUCUGGCUCUCUACGGAGACACUGGCUAAUGAGACGAUCUGAGGCCAGACUGCUGGGAUAGACCUGAGGCCCCUGGACAAUGUGGAUUGUGAGGUCUUAACCUUCAAGGGCAGUAGGCUGCAGUGUCAAAUCACUGUCCAGAGACAUAUAUGAAGAUCUGAAGCAUAUGCCUUAAGCUACUGGGUUUAAUUAAAGCGAUAUUUUGAACAUUCUGUUUUAAAUCACCCUCAUAUUGUACCAAACCCGUAUGGCUUCCUUUCUUCUUUGGGACACAAAAAGUAGACAUCAGGCAGAAUGUUAGCCUCUUACCGUACACUUUUAUUGCACCUUUUUUCUAAACAAUGAAAAUGAAUGGUGACUGAGACCAACAUGCUGCCUAACAUCUCCUUUUGUGUUCCACAGAGGAAAGAAAGUAACGUGUUUGGAACAACAUGAGGAUGAGUAAAUAGAAGUUUCAUUUUUGGGUGAACUAUCCCUUUAAGGUUUCAUUUUGAUUGUGCAAGUGUGUGGUACUGACUUGGACAUGUUUAUUUAGUCCGUUGUGGUUGGUUUGUUUUGGCACAUGAUGCAAUCUUAAAGGGAUAGUUCACCCAAAAAUGAAAAUUCUCAUUUACUCACCCUCAUGCCAUCCCAGAUGUGUGACUUACACACGUUUUUAGAAGAAUAUCUCAGCUCUGUUGGUCCUCACAAUGCAAGUGAAUGGUGACCAAAUCUUUGAAGCUCCACAAAAGCACAUUAACCCUUAAGACUCCAGUAGUUAAAUCCAUGUCUUCAGAAGUGAUAUGAUAGGUGUGGGUGAUCAAUAUGGAAGUCCUUUUUUUACUAUAAAUCUCCACCUUUGACCAGUAGGUUGCGAUAUACAUGAAUAAUGUGUAUCUCCCAAAAAAAUAAAAAAUAAAAAAUAAAAGAAGAAUUAUGUUGAAGUUAGAGUGGAGAUUUAUAGUAAAGAAAGGAUUUAAAUAUUGAUCUGUUUUUUAAACUACACUAAUCAUAUUGUUCUGAAGACAUGGAUUUAACCACUGGAGUUGUAUGGAUUACUUUUAUGCUUCUUUUUGGAGCUUUAAAGUUUUGGUCAUUAUUCACUUGCAUUUUGAGAACCAACAGAGCUGGGAUAUUCUUUUUAAAAAAUUGUUUGUGUACCGCAGAAGAAAGAAAGUCAUACACAUCUGGUAUGGCAUGAGGGUGAAUAAAUGAUGAGAUCAUUUUCAUUUAUGGGUGAACUCCCUUUAAGCUCCAAUCGCACAUCUUCCUGACUUUGGAUUGUUAGGAUCUGUUCUACACUGCAGGGGUUGCCGGUAUGGACUGUUUUCAUUUUGUUAAAAUACUGUUGGACCUUUGUGUGGAGCUUGUGGCAUUAGGUUGAAUGUAUGUAGAACUGUAACUUAAUUUUAUGGUAUAAAAUGCGCAUAUAUUUUAUCUUAUUACCCUUACAUAUUUUAACAAUUCUUGAAACCUUCUGGUAAGGUCUAACUGUAGUAAGCUUUAUUAAAUGAAUAAUCAAAAUUGUGAAAACUUGAUGUAGGAAGUGCGACAGGGUUUGCCAGUGUAAACCCCAUAAGGAUGCAGUAACUGCACAUAUGGAGGUCUGUUAGGCUGGCUGGAUCCCAGUCUGUUAGACCCCUCCCUUACUAUAGCACAGUGACAGCUCUUUGAUAAUGACUGACACCUGCACAACUCAAUCAGCUGGUUGAUUGGACAUAUAGCAGUGAAAGGUGAACUAAUCAUUUCCGUUUCCUGUACAGCGCCUAUGCGGUUUUCACCUAACAAACGAACGGAGAUUGCGCAAUGCGCAUGCGCGGCCAACAUAAAAAGAACGAAUCCUUCUCUGAGACUAUCUCGUUCUUCUGAGUUACAUAAAAGAUUCGUUCGUUCAUGAACGACCCAUCACUAUUACUUAUACGAUCUUACACCAUUAUGCUUUAUAAACCAACAAUGUGUUCUUAAACGCUUUAAGUAAAAAACGAUUGGCACAUGUAACUUUUGCACAUUUACCUUGAUUUCGUGUUGUAUGCAAACACCUUUAUCUAAUGUGUACAAGUGUUGUGUGCAAGCCUGUUUACUUUCUGAUGUCAAAAGCAGUGAAUAAUCCGAACAACGCAGUUUUCUUGUGUUGUCAGUUUUUUUUUUGAAAAAGUAGAGUUUUUUUGUAGUUAUCAGCGUACUGGUCUGUAUGUCUGAAUGAGUACAUUUAUAUGCAAACCAAUAACCUGAUAACAAACAAAACAAAAAAUCUGCUUUUAAAAAAUAUUUUUAUGAUGACAAUGGCGGUAAAAGUGUUUACAUGCAAAGUGAGUUUUGGUUAAUGGCCAAAGAUCUACGUGUCGAUUGGUUUUUGCUUGGUUGGGACUGUAGUCUUUUGUAUAGAGUUUUAAAUGUAAUUAUAUUCUGUUACUUAUUUUUAUUUUUCCUAAAAUUGGUACUUAAUUUGUCCCUGAAACCCUUUAACUAGUUUAAAGUAAUGCACAUUAUGUGUGUAGUUUACCACUAAUGCUGUCAAGAUUAUGAAAACUGUUCCAAUGGCAUGGUUUGAUUUGUCGAACAGCACUGAUAUUUAUUGAGUUAUAUUAAGACGGUGAAACAGGGAUGUUGUUCAAAUCCUGUGCCUUGCUUUGGGUCUUGAAGUGCAGUGUACCUGUUCUCUAUUUUCUCUCUGAGCUCAGGGGGAGUCUUGUUUUGGGGCAAUAUGCAAAAUUUGACUCUUCAGAUUUUCAUGCAAAUAAAGAAAAUUGCCAGCUUUGACUGGUGACCUC